AUGGAGAGAGGCGUGGUACACGCGUGCCACGCAGGAGGAGUGGUUCAUAUGCUGGAAGGUUGGCAGCAUCAUGAGGUUGGAGCCAUUGAUGUUGAACGUAUCGAUCUGGUGUGGGAAGCAGCCAUGAAACAUGGCCUUAGCUCUGUUUCUUCACUCACAAAUUGA